GAUAGGCAUUUUUAUGGAAAAUAUAAUUCAAGACUUACUUUUUGUAUUAUUUGAUAUAUUACAGAUCUCUGCCUUUCAAUUUAAAUGUCUAUUUUUGAAUUUGUUGCAUUUUUAAACACUCAUUAAAAACUCAUGCUGAGGACAGGCUGAAUUACAUGUGUUUCCAAGUAGAGCAUGUAUUUAUACAAAAUUAUUUAAAAAUAAAAGCAAUGAAUGUCCUGAGUGUCAAGAUUUCCUUUAGAUGUUUCUGGCAUUAUUAUUAUUAAUACAUUAUUAUUAUCUUAACUCAGCUAUCCGGAAGUAAAUGGAACUGAACAGAAUGCAGGUUGAAUUUUAUAACUGCAAUGACAAAUGAUAAAAACGCAACGAUUGUCACAAACAGCGACUGAUGUGUUCAUAAACCAACAAAUAAAAGGGCACAUAGACGAACGCGUCCUGUGUGAAUGUUCCUUUGCUCCUGGUGUAUGCAGUGACAAAUGUUAAAGAACUGUUUAGAUGCUGAGAUGAGAGUCCUUUCAGUAUAAACACGGGACGCACCGAACAAAGGACUAGAAUGGGUUCAGUUUGACACACUGGACACAAAGAAGCCCUCCUACUAGAGGGCGGAACUUUUACAAAGUUUAACUGAAGCACAGAUCGCUGCUCGUCUGCGUGCGGCAUCAGUAACUGCAGUCGUCCCAGCUGAAUUAACGGAGUCCAAAAUCGCCCAUGCACCGGAUUCACAGACUUUAUCAUGCUGCAGUAUUUGCUUCGGACUGAUGAUUACCAUUGCAGGUUUCUGGCAUAACAAAUGCAGUAGCGAUCUUUUGUGUGAUGGGUCCAAACUACCGAUGCAUUAGGCUGAGGGAAAAGUUGCUAUUCAAACCAUCUCCAUUUAAAUGGACUGUAGAUGUACCAGGAGUGAUCUGUCUUCUCCUCUGUGCAGUUUGACAUGAUGGUUCAGCUGGACUGCGGCAUUAAAGUUUUGGGAGCAGCAAGUUUUUCUCUGUACUUUGUGAUAACAGCUGGGCUUCUGUCCAUGCUCGAGGGCACAACAACGAGCGGAUAUAAUCAAGACACAGGUAGUUCUCUUGAUGGACUUCCAAACUAUGAAGUUGUUCAUCCAAUCAGAGUGGAUUCAUCAGGACAUUUUUUGUCCAAUCAUGUGUCUCACCGUGUGAAUCGAAUUCAGAGGAGAGAGACGGCAAAAACCAAAGAGAGCCUGGCCCAGGUUUUCUACCAUCUGCAGUAUGGUGGUCAGGACCUGCACUUUAACCUCACCCUAAACCCUCAUCUACUAGCGCCUGGAUUCCUCACGGAGCGGAGAUACGGUGGCCUGCAAGGGUCUACAUUACACAGUCAUGGCCACUCUCUCUGCUACUUCCUGGGAGACGUCUGGAGCAGUACACUGAUGAGGGGUCAAGCAGCUGUGAGCACCUGCAAUGGCCUGACAGGGCUGUUCAAGCUCUCAGAAGAGGAAUUCUUCAUUAGUCCGCUGGAGACGACACGAGAAGUGUCGGCCCCACAGGCUCACGCCAUCUAUAAGAGACAUGCUGUCCAAUCAGAACGCCAGCUGGUGCAGCCUCUGUUUGGGGAGCACACAGCUAACGCGACCUGUGGGGUCAGAGGAGAGGCAGAGAAGGUGGAGAGGCAAAGAGAGCGCUGGGAGAGACGUCGACGUCGCAGACGGAUUAGACAGCGCUCCAUAAGCACUGAGAAGUGGGUAGAGACUCUGGUAGUGGCUGAUUCUAAAAUGGUGGAGUACCAUGGACGCAAAGGAGUCGUGAGCUAUGUGCUCUCUGUCAUGAAUAUUGUGGCAGGGUUGUUUCGGGAUGCCAGCAUCGGAAAUGCCAUCAACAUUGCUGUCGUGCGUCUCAUUCUGCUGGAAAAGGACGAGGAGGAUCUGAAAAUCACCCAUCAUGCAGACAACAGCCUGAACAGCUUCUGUAAGUGGCAGAAAGGCAUUAAUAUGAAGGACGACGAUCAUCCAGUCCAUCAUGAUGUGGCUGUCCUGAUUACUAGGAAGGACAUUUGUGCCGCCAUCAAUAAGCCUUGUGAGACAUUGGGACUGUCUCAUGUGGCUGGAAUGUGUCAACCUCAUCGCAGCUGCAGCAUCAAUGAAGACACGGGCCUGACUCUGGCCUUUACAGUAGCACAUGAGCUCGGACACAACUUUGGGAUUCAGCAUGAUGGGAACGGCAAUGACUGUGAGCCCAUUGGGAAAAGGCCUUUCGUCAUGUCUCCACAGCUUCUGUAUGGAACUUCUCCACCCAACUGGUCUCGCUGCAGCCGGGAAUACAUCACACGCUUCCUCGAUCGAGGCUGGGGCUGGUGUCUGGAUGACCCUCCUGUCAGAAACGAUCUGGAGAUGCACUCUGCUCCCCCUGGUGUCCUGUACAGCGCUGCUCAUCAGUGCACGCUCCAGUACGGAUCCAGCUCACUGCUCUGUGACGACGUAGACAAUAUCUGCAGCACCCUGUGGUGCACAGUGGGCUCGACCUGCCACUCCAGGCUGGAUGGUGCCGUGGACGGGACCAAGUGUGGUGAGGGCAAGUGGUGUUUUGAUGGUGAGUGUGUGGAGACGGGCUCCCAGCCUGACAGUGUGGAUGGAGGCUGGGCUUCAUGGAGCGAUUGGUCCGACUGUACGAGGACUUGCGGCGCGGGCGUUCAGAAUGCCCAGAGGGACUGUGUCAACCCAGUACCCAAGUAUGGAGGUAAAUACUGUCUCGGAGAACGCCGCAGAUAUCGAACCUGUAACCGUGACCCCUGCCCUGAGGACCAGCCCAGCUUCAGAUACAUCCAGUGCAGCCGCUUUAACACAGUCCCUUAUAAGGGAAAGUUUUAUAAAUGGAUACAUGUGAAUAACAGAGCUAAUCCGUGCGAGCUGCACUGUAGACCCGUGAACGAGCACUUCUCGGAGAGGAUGCUAGACACUGUUGUGGAUGGAACACAGUGCUAUGAGGGCAGUCAGAGCCGCGACAUAUGUGUUAACGGCAUUUGCAAGUACAUAGGCUGUGAUUAUGAGAUCGACUCGGAUGCCGUUGAGGAUCAAUGCGGCGUUUGCCAUGGAAAUGGAUCUACAUGCGAGACAGUGAGAAAGACUUUCGAGGACAGUGAAGGCCUUGGCUAUGUGGACAUAGGCCUGAUUCCGGAAGGAGCGCGGGACAUCCGUAUCGAGGAAGUCGCAGAGGCUGGGAACUACUUGGCAUUACGUAGUAAUGACCCUGAAAAAUAUUUCCUGAACGGUGGCUGGACGAUCCAGUGGAAUGGAGAGUAUAAGGCAGCAGGAACAAUAUUCACUUAUGAAAGGACUGGGCAGCUGGAAAACCUAUCUUCUCCUGGACCGACCAUGGAGCCAGUGUGGAUUCAGCUGCUUUUUCAGGAGACGAACCCUGGGGUGAGGUACGAGUACACCAUAAGCAGAGACACUCUUGUCGAUUCCAACAACGGUACUGCUGUCUCUUAUUUCCAGUGGGUUUAUGGGGCUUUGACUGAGUGCAGCGCCACAUGUGGAACUGGUGUGCAGAGGCAAGUUGUGCACUGUGUGGAGAGAACAUCUGGAAUUGUUGAGGAGCAUUACUGUGAUCCAUCAACUAGGCCUGAUGACAAGCAAACUAGCUGUAAUAAGGGCUCAUGUCCAGCCAUAUGGUGGGUUGGAGAGUGGCAGAAGUGCUCAUCUAGCUGUGGAGAAAUGGGGCUUAGCAAGAGAACGGUGCUGUGUAUUCGGAGCCUAGGGCUGGAUGAGCAACGAGCGCUUCAGCCGACCGAAUGUCAACACUUGCCUAAGCCUGAGUCAAUUGUCCCGUGCAACACACGCGUGUCCUGUCCUGCAGACUGGACUACUGGAAGCUGGUCAGAGUGCUCAGUGAGCUGUGCAGCUGGUGUCCGCAUCCGUGACGUGACCUGCAGCUGGAAUACUGGUGCAGACUGUGAUCCGAAAGCCAAGCCUAAUUCAACCAUGCCAUGCUAUGCUAAGGACUGCCCCAUGAACUCGGACACCUUUGGCAACGACUGGUCAGGAAGUGGAGCGUCCAGCAAAGAAUUUUUCAACGAGAUAAAAGCUAUACCUCAUGCCAGUCCUACUAUAAAUCAGCCUAGAGGCAAUGUUGACCUCAAUGACAUUAUAGAAGAUGAUUUCUCACAUUACAGUCAUGUUGAAAAGUCCUCUGAAAAUUCUAUUGUAAAAAAUCUUCAAGUUGAUGAUUUUUACUAUGACUAUAAUUUUAUAAAAUUCCAUGAGGAUCUGUCGUAUGACCUUGAUAAAGAUGAAAAUAUGUUUGAUAACUCAGGAAUAAAACAUGGAGAUGUUUAUCUGGCAGGGACAGAUGUCCCCAUAACUACCUCAUCGCCAUCCACCACUGCAAAACAAUACAGCACCACCACUAUGCGCUCUGAGAGCAUUGCAGGCAAGGGUACUGAAGGUCAUGGGCCUCAAAAGAAAGACAUUUUGAAUGAAAAUAAUGACGAGCUUUUUGCUGAGGACUAUUUUCUGCCUGUCAUUACAACAAUUGAACCAUCUUCUGUUGUUACCAGGUUAUUUAACAAAUGGAAGGCAUCAGACAUUGAUACUGGCUUAAGUCAGGACAUAAGCAUUACAAGCAAGCCUCCAUCAACUGCAGAUGUGUCCCCUCAGGACAAGCACACAUUAUCAUAUGAAACUGUGCCAAACAUCAUCUUCACUCCUGAAUCACAUGUGCACUUGAACGGAAAUUCCAAUAACCAUGACUUUACUGAAGAUGAGAAUGAAGGGGUGUUUGGUGAAGAUGUUCCUGGGGGUGAAAGUGACUGGGAAAGCUUUCCACCACAACAUGGCACUCAAAAUUAUGAACCUCCUUUAGAUUAUGCGUUUCAGUUUGGGAACAGACAUGUUUAUAAUCCCACUACUCCAUUACAAUGGCGUACAGCAUCACCGACAGUCUCGCUGAGUGCAACAUCUCACCCAUUGGAGCUUCUAAGCAGUGCUUCCAGUGAUGACUUGGCAAAAUAUAAAGUUUUCACUGAGCCACCAAUUAAAACGAAGGCUAGUGAACCCUGGCCCGAUGUAAGAGAGUUUACUACGACCUCGGAUAGCUUUUCCCAAGAGUCUGUUCCAUCUCUAACUUCCUCUAUCCCAGCCAAACAUUACAGUAGCAUGACCUCAGCAGCUGGAACAACAGCUCUACCUCCUGCAGAAACGGAAAGUGACUUUGAGCCCCCGCUCUUCACUCCGAAUGAGAUUCCAGACACUACAAUUGCAGCAGAAACUCACAGUUGGUAUUCAGGAGCCAUUGUGACAACUAAGACAAACGGGCCUAAAAUAGAGCCUUGGGGAACUCCGGUCCCCUUACCUCAUUGGACGGAGAUUGAUAACAAUGAGAUUAUUAUUACUGCCCGAAUGUUGAGACCUACUGAGCUGAACCCAACUCUCUCUACUCCUACUGAGCAGCCAUCUCAGGGCACCAGCAUUGAGCGUUCAGUGCAUUCAUCUAGCCAUCUGAUGCCCACUGGGCUGGUCAUGACUUCCCUUUCCCCAUCGGCCUCCCCUGCACACUGGAAAAAAGGCAACUGGAGUGCUUGCUCCACAAGUUGUGGGCUUGGUGCCAUUUGGAGGUCAGUGUCCUGCAGCACUGGUGAAGAAUCAGACUGUGACUUAGCUAUUAGGCCAGUGCCAGCGCGCCGCUGCUACCUUCGACCCUGCUCCGCGUGGAAAAUUGGAGAGUGGAGUAAAUGCUCGAAGAACUGUGGUGUAGGAGUGAAGGUCCGAGAGAUUCAGUGUUACGACACACGAGAUCAGAGGUUGCUGCGGCCAUUUCAUUGCCAGGCCACUUCCCCCAGACCUCCUGUCCGAAUUCCCUGUAACAUCCACAACUGUUUAGAUUGGUACACCUCCUCUUGGGGGCAGUGUUCAGAGCUGUGUGGAGGUGGGGAGCAACAGAGGCUGGUCACUUGCCCUGAAACUGGGAAAUGUGAUGACGAUCUGCAGCCCAGCAACAUCCAGACUUGCAACGUCCAUCCAUGCAACCAGUGGAUUACUGGAUCCUGGGGUCGGUGUUCGGUUUCCUGUGGAGGAGGCGUUCAACGGCGACUGGUCAAAUGUGUCAACACUAAGGCCGAGCUUGAGGAUGAAAAUGAGCAUGUGGAUUGUGAUCAUGAACCUCGACCAAAGAACACAAAGAAGUGUAACGUUCAUGACUGUGACAGCGCCCCCUCUGGUCAGUUGUGUUUACGGGACCUUUUGACAUUCCGCUUCUGUCAGACCCUCCAAUGGCUCGGUCGAUGUCAGGUGCCUUCUGUCCGUGCAAAGUGCUGCAAGACCUGUGGGCUCCCAUCACGGGGCGGCGAUCGCACUGCAAGUCGCUGAGAUACAAAGGGAUUGCAGAAUGACUGUUGUAAGCCAGGAAACACAAGAUUAUAACACAAAUACUCCAUUGUUUGGGCAGACUUUCGGUCUGGUCUGGUCAAGGUGAUGCCAUUGUCCAACAGUUAAUCAGGGAGCCACUUUGUCCCUACACCUUUAACACAGAAAAUGUGGUGCUUAUUUCCGUCCAUCAUCUCAGAUAAGUGGUAGUAAAGCAGGUAGAGUGGACCAUCUUGCCAUCUCACUAUAGUGACUACAGUAAUUAAGCUUCCAUUUCUUUACAAAUUGGCAAUUAAUGGAACAAGUCUAUUCAUAAUGUGGCUAUUUUAAUCAUAUCUUUUAACUCUGACAAGACUGCAGUUCAGUUAUUUGUAAUUUUAUUCCUGUUUAUCACACUAUUUUCUUUCGUUGAACCACAUAUAACCACCACGCUAGCGAGCAAUUCCACUUAACUGCAAGUUGAGCUUGUUGAUGUUUCUAUUUAUUGCAACUGAUUGCAAAUCAAAUAUAAAACCAGUAAAGAAGUACCUGGUGCUGCAACAUAAACUGGUGCUAAAGGUAGCGAGCGCUGAGCUCCUCAAUCAGUCUAGUGUUGGCUGGUACUUGAAUUCUAAAGACAAUAUUUAUAGUAUUUUAAUUUUAUGUCUGUAUUACCCUUUUGGAUGAAUAAACAUAUACACUAAAUAAUUCAGUGCACCAUUUUUCAAAAUGCAUUCAUUAGAGCUUCACAAUCAAUCGUUAAAGGAUUGCAAUCUCGAUUUAUUCCAGGGGCUAAAUAUCAUGUUAUUUGGGGUCGCUUCAACCUGCGGACAUGAAAAACAAUCCGUGGCAACAUUGUUAAAGUAGCCCGAUUCCGCAGACUUGGCGAAUAUCUUAGAAUAAUUCAAAUUACCACAGAACUACUGAGAUAAGUUUAUAGUUUUGAUAUAAACACUGAUGUCUACAGUAGGGAUCAAAAUAGAGCAAAUCCCCUUUUGAAAGUAACUUGACGCUUCAAAUAAAGAUUGUAUCAGUUACAUCAUUAUGCCAGUAGGUGGCAACAAGUGACUUUUAAAAAGGUUUUUGUCAUUAAAUCAUUCAUUCAAAAGAUUCGUUCAAAAAUGCUCAUUCAUCCAGUCACAAGACAAGUGAAGUCUUUAUGAGUGAGCCAUUGAAUCAUUCACGCAACCCAACUUAAUUCUAGUUAAUUAAAUAUUUUGUCAGAACCUCUUGUAAAUAACGUUAAAUCGUGGAAGAAUUGUGAUGUCUACUUUAAACAACAACAACAACAACAAGAAACGUAGUUCUUAAUUUAUCCAGAACCGUGGGGCUCUAACAUACAUUAUAGAAUAGCUUAAUGUCUGCUUUCUUAAAUUAUAAUGAUUUAUUUUUAAUGCAGUAAUUUGCCUUACAGUAUUGUAUGCUUAGAGACAUCAGUUUAAAACAAAUCUGUCAAGAUUUUUGUCAGGUACAUGUAAUAUUACAUGAAGUAAAUGUUUAGUAUGCCUUUUUUAAUAAUACAUGACCACUAACUGUGCAUUUAGUCUUAAGGUGACCGCACCUUAAGUUGCAUGUUGUAUGAACUGUGCUGCACAUCCUAUGUCAAUGGGAUGCUUUUAAAAUUUCACAUACAUGUCGAUUAGUUGCCUCAGAUGUACAGUAUUUGAAUCCUACUUAUACUUAAUUUUUAACUGCCUAUAGCCUUAUUAUAACCUACAUGUCACGUCUUUCUAGACAAGUUAUAAUCGAAUUAAAACCAAAACUAAAAUAGAAGUUUUUGCUUUAUGACCUUUCAGGUAUCAUUUAUGUAAAUAAAUAAAUGCAGGUGCACUGCGGUAAAACAUUUGCAUCUAAUAUGCCAUCUCUGCAUGACAAUUGACACCUACUUUACUUUCAUCACUCGUUCAUCCAAGGACCAAGGGAUGUAUGUGCCGUCUAAAUAAUUUGUUCUUGUUGUUUUGCCCGAAUGAUUCAGACGAGAGGCCUGCGCUGCAUUACUAUCAACUGAUCAACAUCAAAACGACAAAUGCAACAUGUUUUGUUUGUCAAGUUGCACUGAGAAAUUUGAAUUGAUUUGUAAUGAUGUUGUUUUUAUUAAGUGUUUGUUUAGGCCUGUGCUUAGCUAACUGAUGUUUCAGGACUGUUCAGUAUAACGUUUUCUGGUUUACAUAAGAUGUUUUUUUUCUACUUAAUAUUGUCUCUUUUUUUUACAUUAUUUUAUUUUGGGGAAAGUGCCAUUGUCAAAUUAAAUAUUCAUAUUGCUCUUCUGUAACACCUUUGUUUUUUGUACUCUAUUAAAUAGAUUUUGUAAAUGAAA